AUGCCGAAGCCAAUUGUACAAGAGGGUGAGGACCCCGAUCCGACCCCAUACCUGUUCGUAUCACUCGAACAGAAGCGCAUCGACCAAAGCAAGCCCUACGAUGGUAAGAAGGCUUGCUGGGUACCAGACGAGAAAGAGGGCUUCCUACAGGGAGAAAUUAAAGCCACCAAGGGGGACCUGGUGACCGUCAACCUCCCUGGAGGCGAGGAAAAGACCUUAAAAAAGGAGCUAAUCUCACAAGUAAACCCGCCUAAAUUCGAGAAAGUCGAGGACAUGGCUGACCUUACGUACCUGAACGACGCCGCGGUCCUUCACAACCUUCGACAACGAUACUAUGCGAAACUUAUCUAUACAAAAGACUUCAAGAAGGACUUUGUUACUCAAGUGAACCCGCCUAAAUACGAAAAAUGUGAGGAUAUGUCCAACUUGACAUACCUCAACGACGCUUCCGUUUUGUAUAACUUGAAGCAGAGAUAUUACCAUAAGCUCAUUUACACAUACUCGGGUCUCUUCUGUGUGGCUAUCAACCCUUACAAGAGGUUCCCCGUGUACACGACACGAUGUGCCAGGCUCUACCGAGGCAAGCGUCGCUCGGAAGUGCCACCCCACAUUUUCGCCAUUUCCGACGGUGCUUACGUCAACAUGUUAACCAACCACGAGAAUCAAUCUAUGUUGAUUACCGGUGAGUCUGGUGCUGGUAAGACUGAGAACACGAAGAAGGUAAUUGCGUACUUCGCGACCGUUGGUGCGUCGCAAAAGAAAGACGAGAAGCAGGAGAAGAAGGGCUCUCUUGAGGACCAAGUCGUACAAACUAACCCUGUACUUGAAGCCUUCGGUAACGCCAAGACCGUCCGUAACGACAACUCUUCCCGUUUCGGUAAAUUCAUCCGUAUCCACUUCGGACCAUCAGGAAAACUGGCCGGAGCUGACAUUGAAACUUAUCUGCUGGAGAAGGCUCGUGUAAUCUCCCAACAGGCGCUGGAACGUUCUUACCACAUCUUCUACCAGAUGAUGUCCGGCUCCGUUAAUGGACUUAAGGCCAUGUGUUUGCUGUCCGACAACGUUAAUGAUUAUCACAUCAUUGCGCAAGGAAAAACUACAAUUCCCAAUGUUGAUGAUGGAGAGGAAUGUGUACUGACCGAUCAUGCUCUACUCUUCCCAUUACGUCCACACCAAUUCUUACUUGACUGUAAUUGGUCUCCUUUUAUAGCAAAAUGUCUUUUGUCCAACGACAUCAUGGACUACAACAUCGUCGCCCAAGGAAAGACGAUCAUCCCUGGCGUUGAUGAUGGCGAGGAAAUGAGACUCACAGACGGUAAGAUUACCAUCCCCAACGUCGACGACGGAGAGGAAUGUCAGUUAACAGACCAAGCCUUCGACAUCCUGGGUUUCACUCAAGAGGAGAAAGACAAUGUAUACAAGAUCACAGCUGCUGUCAUGCACAUGGGUGGUAUGAAGUUCAAACAGAGGGGUCGUGAGGAGCAAGCUGAGGCUGACGGCACUGAGGAUGGUGAGAAGGUCGCUAAGUUGUUCGGUGUUGACUGCCCUGACCUAUACAAGAACUUGUUGAAGCCCCGCAUUAAGGUCGGAAACGAGUUCGUAACCCAAGGUCGUAACAAGGACCAGGUUACCAACUCCAUUGGUGCCCUCUGUAAGGGUGUGUUUGACAGGCUGUUCAAGUGGCUCGUCAAGAAGUGUAACGAGACUCUUGACACCAAGCAAAAGAGACAGCACUUCAUUGGUGUGCUUGAUAUCGCCGGUUUCGAGAUCUUCGACUACAAUGGGUUCGAACAACUUUGCAUUAACUUCACAAAUGAAAAACUGCAACAAUUCUUCAACCACCACAUGUUUGUGUUGGAGCAAGAGGAGUACCAGAAAGAGGGCAUCCACUGGGAGUUCAUUGAUUUCGGAAUGGACUUGCUCGCCUGUAUUGACCUUAUCGAAAAGUAUAAUGGUUUCGAGCAACUCUGCAUUAACUUCACGAACGAGCGGCUGCAGCAGUUCUUUAAUCAUCAUAUGUUUGUCCUCGAACAAGAGGAGUACAAGAAAGAGGGCAUCACAUGGGCCUUCAUCGACUUUGGGAUGGACUUGCUCGCUUGUAUCGAUCUUAUCGAGAAGUUCAAUGGUUUUGAACAACUCUGCAUUAAUUUCACCAACGAGAAACUGCAGCAGUUCUUUAACCACCACAUGUUCGUGCUGGAACAAGAGGAGUACCAGCGCGAAGGCAUCGAGUGGACUUUCAUUGACUUUGGCAUGGACCUUCAAAAUUGCAUUGACCUUAUUGAAAAGACGAAUGGAUUUAAUCAGCUUUGCGUUAAUUUUACAAAUGAGAAGUUGCAACAGUUUUAUAAUCAUUUCAUGUUUAUUCUUGAACAAGAAGAAUAUGAAAGAGAAGCGAUUCAAUGGAGCUUUAUUGAUUUUGGUAUGGACCUCCAACCUACUAUAGACUUAAUAGAAAAGCCCAUGGGUAUCCUCUCCAUUCUUGAGGAAGAGUCUAUGUUCCCGAAAGCCACCGAUCAGACCUUCGUUGAGAAGUUGAACAACAACCACUUGGCUCACUUCGCCAUUGGUCACUACGCCGGUAAUGUCGGUUACAACAUCACUGGAUGGCUUGAGAAGAACAAGGACCCCUUGAACGACACUGUCGUUGACCAGUUUAAGAAGGGAAGCAACAAACUGUUGGUUGAGAUCUUCGCUGACCACCCUGGUCAGUCCGGAGAUGCCGGUGCUGGUGGCGGUGGCAAGGGCGGUCGCGGUAAGAAGGGUGGUGGUUUCGCAACUGUCUCAUCUGCCUACAGGGAACAACUUAACAAUUUGAUGGCCACACUGAGGUCAACUCAGCCUCACUUCGUACGUUGUAUCAUCCCCAACGAGCUGAAGCAGGCUGGUCUCAUCGACUCCCACCUUGUGAUGCACCAGCUGACAUGUAACGGUGUGCUUGAGGGUAUCCGUAUCUGUCGUAAAGGUUUCCCCAACAGGAUGGUCUACCCCGACUUCAAGCUCCGUUACAUGAUUCUUGCGCCAGCCAUCAUGCAACAAGAAAAAGAUCCUAAAGAAGCAGCUAGGAAAUGUCUGGAAGCCGUGAACCUUGACCCUGAUAGCUAUCAACCCAUUUCACCGGAGAAAGCUAGCGAGAAAAUUCUCGAACAUACCGGCUUGGACUCGGAGUCUUUCAGACUUGGAAAGACAAAGGUAUUCUUCCGCGCCGGAGUUCUGGGUCAGAUGGAAGAGUUACGUGACGACAGAUUGUCUAAGAUUGUUUCUUGGCUACAAUCCUACAUCCGUGGUUACCUGGCACGUAAGGAAUUCAAGAGGCUGCAGGAACAGAGAAUCGCUCUCCAAGUUGUCCAGCGCAACUUGCGCAAAUACCUGCAGCUCCGCACCUGGCCGUGGUGGAAGUUGUGGCAGAGGGUCAAGCCCCUCCUCAACGUCACCCGUAUCGAGGACGAGAUUGCGAAACUCGAGGAGAAGGCACAGAAGGCCCAGGAGGCUUUCGAGAAGGAAGAAAAGCUCCGCAAGGAGGUGGAGGCUCUCAACGCCAAGCUGUUGGAGGAGAAGCAGGCGCUGCUUUCCAACUUGGAAGGAGAGAAGGGCUCUCUCAGCGAAGUGCAGGAACGCGCUAACAAGCUGCAGGCUCAAAAGGCCGACCUCGAGAACCAACUUAGGGACACACAAGACCGUCUUACACAAGAAGAGGAUGCCCGCAAUCAGCUCUUCCAGGGCAAGAAGAAGUUGGAACAGGAAAUCUCUGGACUCAAGAAGGAUGUUGAGGACCUGGAACUUUCCGUCCAGAAGGCUGAACAAGACAAGGCGACCAAGGAUCACCAAAUUCGCAACUUGAACGACGAGAUCGCCCACCAAGAUGAGCUCAUCAACAAGUUGAACAAAGAGAAGAAAUUACAGGGUGAGAGCACCCAGAAGACAUCUGAGGAGCUCCAAGCCGCCGAGGACAAGGUCAACCACCUUAACAAGGUUAAGCAAAAGUUGGAGCAGACCCUCGACGAGCUCGAAGAUUCGUUGGAGCGUGAAAAGAAACUCCGCGGUGACGUCGAGAAGCAGAGGAGGAAGGUUGAGGGUGACCUCAAGCUUACUCAGGAAGCCGUCGCUGACUUGGAGCGCAACAAGAAAGAACUCGAACAAACCAUCCAACGCAAGGACAAGGAGAUCUCUUCCCUCACUGCCAAGCUCGAAGACGAACAGUCUCUGGUCAGCAAACUCCAGAAACAGAUCAAGGAACUACAGGGCCGCAUCGAAGAACUCGAAGAGGAAGUGGAGUCGGAGAGACAAGCCCGUGCUAAGGCUGAGAAACAACGCGCCGACCUCGCUCGUGAGCUUGAGGAGCUCGGCGAGCGUCUGGAGGAGGCCGGUGGUGCCACCUCUGCUCAAAUCGAGCUCAACAAGAAGCGUGAGGCUGAACUUAGCAAGCUGCGUCGUGACUUGGAGGAAGCUAACAUCCAACACGAGUCCACCCUCGCUAGCUUGCGCAAGAAGCACAACGAUGCCGUAGCCGAGAUGGGCGAGCAGCUUGACCAGCUCAACAAGCUCAAGGCUAAGGCUGAGAAAGAGCGCUCUCAAUACUUUAGCGAAGUCAAUGACCUUCGUGCCGGUCUCGACCAUUUGUCCAACGAUAAGGCUGCGCAAGAAAAGAUUGUCAAGCAACUCCAACACCAACUCAAUGAGGUACAGAACAAGGCUGAUGAAGCUAACCGUACCCUCAACGACUUGGACGCUGCCAAGAAGAAGCUCUCCAUCGAGAACUCUGACCUGCUCCGCCAACUCGAAGAAGCCGAGUCCCAAGUCUCACAGCUUUCGAAGAUCAAGGUGUCUCUCACCACACAGCUUGAGGACACCAAGAGGCUUGCUGACGAAGAGUCCAGGGAACGCGCUACACUUCUCGGCAAGUUCCGCAACUUGGAGCACGAUUUGGACAACAUCCGCGAGCAAGUUGAAGAGGAAGCCGAGGGCAAGGCUGAUUUGCAACGCCAAUUGUCCAAGGCUAACGCUGAAGCCCAAUUAUGGCGCUCCAAGUACGAAUCCGAGGGAGUGGCCCGCUCCGAGGAGCUCGAGGAAUCCAAGCGCAAGCUCCAGGCUCGCCUCGCAGAAGCCGAGGAGACCAUUGAAUCACUCAACCAGAAGGUUGUUGCUCUUGAAAAGACGAAGCAGCGCCUUGCUACUGAAGUUGAGGACUUACAGCUCGAGGUCGACAGAGCCACUGCCAUCGCCAACGCUGCUGAGAAGAAACAGAAGGCGUUCGACAAGAUCAUUGGUGAAUGGAAACUCAAGGUUGAUGACCUGGCGGCUGAACUUGAUGCCAGCCAAAAGGAAUGCCGUAACUACUCUACUGAACUGUUCCGCCUUAAGGGUGCCUACGAAGAAGGUCAAGAACAACUCGAAGCCGUUCGUCGCGAAAACAAGAACCUCGCUGAUGAAGUCAAGGACUUACUUGACCAAAUCGGUGAAGGAGGCCGCAAUAUUCACGAAAUUGAAAAGGCCAGGAAGCGUCUUGAAGCCGAGAAGGAUGAACUCCAGGCGGCUCUGGAAGAGGCUGAAGCUGCUCUUGAACAAGAAGAAAACAAGGUUCUGCGCGCCCAACUGGAGUUGUCACAGGUCAGACAAGAGAUCGACAGGAGGAUCCAAGAGAAGGAAGAGGAAUUCGAAAACACCCGCAAGAACCACCAGCGUGCACUCGACUCUAUGCAAGCCUCCCUCGAAGCCGAAGCCAAGGGCAAGGCUGAGGCGCUGCGCAUGAAGAAGAAGCUUGAGGCCGACAUUAACGAACUUGAGAUCGCUCUCGACCACGCUAACAAGGCCAACGCUGAGGCACAGAAGAACAUCAAACGCUACCAGCAACAGAUUAAGGAUCUCCAGACCGCUCUUGAAGAGGAACAGCGUGCCCGUGAUGAUGCCCGUGAACAGCUCGGAAUCUCUGAACGUCGUGCUAACGCACUCCAGAAUGAACUUGAGGAAUCUCGUACCCUCCUAGAACAAGCUGACCGUGCCCGUCGUCAAGCUGAACAAGAACUGGGUGACGCUCACGAACAGCUCAAUGAUCUGUCCGCCCAGAGUGCAUCACUCUCUGCCGCCAAGAGGAAACUCGAGUCUGAAUUACAGACCCUUCACUCUGACCUUGACGAACUCCUUAACGAGGCCAAGAACUCGGAAGAGAAGGCAAAGAAGGCAAUGGUUGACGCUGCCAGACUUGCUGACGAGCUCCGCGCUGAACAGGAUCAUGCUCAAACACAGGAGAAACUCCGCAAGGCCCUUGAACAACAAAUCAAGGAACUGCAAGUGAGACUCGACGAAGCUGAAGCUAACGCUCUUAAGGGCGGUAAGAAAGCUAUCCAGAAACUUGAACAGAGAGUACGAGAACUCGAAAAUGAGCUGGAUGGUGAACAGAGGAGGCAUGCUGAUGCACAGAAGAACCUCCGUAAGGCCGAAAGACGCAUCAAGGAGUUGACGUUCCAGGCUGAGGAGGACCGCAAGAACCACGAACGUAUGCAAGACCUUGUUGACAAACUUCAACAGAAGAUCAAGACCUACAAGAGGCAGAUCGAGGAAGCCGAAGAAAUCGCUGCUCUUAACUUGGCCAAGUUCCGCAAAGCGCAGCAGGAGUUGGAAGAAGCCGAGGAAAGGGCCGACCUCGCCGAGCAAGCCAUCAGCAAAUUCCGUGGCAAGGGACGUGCGGGAUCCACUGCGAGAGGAGUCAGUCCGGCGCCCCCACGUUCGCGCCCCGCGUUUGACGGUUUCGGCACCUUCCCACCAAGGUUCGACCUAGCGCCCGAAGAUUUCUAA